AUGGCCUAUCAAGAAGACCCCCUGUCGUUUGGCAACCGCGUGAGGGCCAUGAUGUACGGCAUAGCCUUCGGCGACGCGCUCGGCGCAACGGUCGAGAAGUUGACGGCGGCACAGAUCCGCGAGCGCUACGGCCGGGUCGAGUCGCUGGAUACCUCGUGGUGGCGCAUGAACCUGAGCGACAGAGAGCGCAAAGGGAGGAUACGGGGCGGCGGCAUCUACACGGACGACACGCUCAUGACGCUGUGCCUGCUUCACGUGUACCGCGAGCAGAGGCGCCACCUGGACCCGUGGGACAUGGCAGACUGCAUGGUGCGCCAGAUUGCGUGGACGCCGCGCUGGAUCUCGGAGCUGCAGUGCGAGACCAUGCUACUCGAGCGUCUCUUCUUCGCGGAGAAGUGGCUGUUCCAGAAGCACCAGCUGAGUUCCUGCGAUCCGCGAACAGGCGGCAUCGGGAACAUGGUCAACUGCGGAGCGGCCAUGUACAUCACCCCGAUCGGUGCCGUGAAUGCCGGAGACCCCCAGGCGGCGUAUAACGAGGCCAUUGCCUUUGCCAGUGCGCAUCAGGAGAGCUAUGGCCUGGAGGCGGCGGGCGUUCUGGCGGCGGCGGUGGCGGCGGCUUUCGUCCCCGGCACGACUAUCGAAGCCGUGGUUGCCGAGGCGCUCCGGUUGGCCAAGGACGGCACCAAGCUCGCCAUCGCCGCCGUCGUGGAGGCGGUGCCGGGCCUCAGGGGCAAGUCCCAUGCCAAAGUGACGGCGGCUUUUCAUGACGCCAUCGCCCCCUUCUCCUACACUGGCGACGAUAUCCAUCAUGGCUCGGCCAAGGUUGGCCGGCUCACUGCCGCAUACACACCUUCCCGGCUGCACUCGAUCGAAGAGCUGCCCAUCGCGCUCGGCUUUGCCCUCCUCAAUGACGGCGACUUCGCCAAGAGCGUCCCAGACGGGAUCAACUCGGGCCGUGAUACCGACUCGAUCGGCGUCAUGGUCGGCGCUAUCCUUGGUGCGCUGAAUGGAUUGAGCGUGAUCGACCCUCAGGUCUGCGGGAAGAUCAACGAGGCGAACAAGGUAGACUUGCUCGCCGAGGCGGACAGCUUUGCGAAGGUGGCGUUGGGUAUUCAGGACGCGGACAGGCGGAGCUUUGAGGCCGUUCUUAGGAGCAGAGAUGGUUUCACCAACAGCGUGACGAACGGACAUGCAAAUGGGGACACGAACGAGCUCACGGACGGGCACAGGCACGAGGCGAAUGGGGUGAACGCCGUCAAACCCGUAAAUGAGAACUAA